GUUUUAUGUUCUGCCCGUACGGUGAAACAUUGCCGCUGUCGUUGUGUACGCAGUAAAUACGAUUGCCUAUACAUUGAGCCGGUCGAGGUGUGCACCACGCAUACCUACAGCGCGGUGAUGUGCACGCGCAGUGUCUUUUUGCCGUCCGACCAGAACACGUUAGGUGCGCGCGUGCAGCAAUCAUAACACCGACAUGAAGACAAUAAUAAUGGCCGCGUUACUCGUGUCCCAGAACUAACGACAGCCCGUCGCCGUUGUCGUAGAACAGCAUUGGCAUUGGCAUUGUGUCCAGGCGCAUAAACUUGUCACGGGCAUCCUUCUAAGGACACAACAUGAACAACCACCCGUAUGCACAACCUACGGUACAGCCGCACAUCGAAGACCUGCCGUCCGACUGCGGAUUACAACUUUUUGGAUUCUCUUUAUGCCGCUCUUGGAUAAGAUGUGCUACAGUCGGGAAAUAUAUAUUUACCAUAAGUGUGUUCGUAUUUUUUCAAAUGGCAUCUCAAAGAUAUUUUUUGUCAACGUUAGAGUCAAAAAAUUAUAAUGUACCUAAAGACAUAUCAAACUGGUUAUGGCUUCUUAGCGGGCUUGUUCAUUUGGUUUUGUCCACUUUUAUUGGUUACCGAGGAGGUAAACGAAACAAGUGUGCGUGGAUUGCAUUUUUCGGAGCGAUGCAAGGAGGUUUAGCUGUCUUGUUGGCGGUUAUCAAUGCUUCCGAACAUUAUGAGAUGCAACGACCAUCUGCUAUAGUUUUAGCUACAUCAGAAACACCGCUUUGUGAUUCUAUUCAUGGGGCCAUUCCAAAGGACAUACACGUUCCUUUUCACUGGGUCAAAAUCACUGUUCUGUUUCUGCUUCAAGCCAGUAUGUCUCUUGGAAGUACAGCUCUACUGGCUCUUGGUUUAGGUUUAAUUGAUGAAUCAGUAACACCUACUAGGAGUCCUGCUUUUAUUGGAGUUAUUAUCGGCUCAUCACUAUUAGGACUUCAAGCCGGCCUAGUAGUCGGCAAGUAUGCGUUCCACGUGAGCGCUAUGUCUAAUUUGGCCGGAGAUCUUGUGUGGCUUAUCAUUGGUUUAAUUUUGAUUGGCGUAUCAUUUCUUGUCGCAUUGUUCCCAAGCAGAUUAAUAACAAGCAGAGCAUCAACAUUGAUACGUAACAGUUCUAUUUAUAGAAACAAUAGACAUGAUUUCAGAAGCACGCUAGUAAGGAUAUUUGAAAGCAAAUUAAUUUUGUCUAACAUUAUUGCUAUUUCAUGUGUUUAUACCGUGUUAGUCAAUACAAUUUACGAAGAGCCCAAUUACAUGGAAUCCGUAUUUUUUGUACCAAAACAUACUUCUGACGCUACUGAUCAAAAUACUAUAAUAAUUGAUUUAUUGAGAUAUCCUCUAGCGGCUGUUUGUGUUUUUUUGUCUGGUUUAUUAAUAUGUGUCACACAGCCUAGAGCUACGUUAUUGACCGCUUGGAAUAUCGGUAUAAUCUGUUUGGUGACUAUAUUACUAUUUUGUAGCAUGUUUCUCCGUUGUUCUAAAAUACAAGUUCACAAUCAAAUAACUCACAAGUUUGAUUUAAAAGAAUAUUGUAAUAGAGAUUGCAAUUGUCCCGCCAAUCUUCCUUUCGAACCAGUGUGCUCGUCUAUGAGCCAUAUUGUGUAUUAUUCCCCUUGCCACGCAGGAUGUAGGGCUCAAGGCCUCUACUCUAGACAAGAAUACGUUGGUUGUGCUUGUGUGAACACGGAAUCAGCUAGCAAACGAGCAUGUUACGAUCAUAACUGCCAACAGAUGAAUGUCGGCUAUCAAUCAAUAUCGGUUCUUAUCUUAUCGUUGUUGAGCACAUGUAUAGUGGGUACCAUUGUUCUGUUGUUAAGGAGCGUAGAACCAGAUGAUCGUACGACUGUUAUAGGAUUUGCUGUUACGGUUAUCUGUUUAAUCGGCCAUGUGCCUGGCAAAAUAUUGUACCUCUUCGUUGGACAUCUGACUUGUAUUUUAUAUGAUGACAACGGCCAGUGUCGUUUAAACGGAUCAGCCACAUUUUCAACUUUUUUGAGCUUGUCAAACAUAUGUAUACUUAUGACUGCAGCAGCGCUCUACUCUUGUGUAUGUUUACUAACGAAACACAUGCGCCCUUAUGGAGGUAUGGAUGUCAUAAAAAAAUCAAUCAUAAGUUCAGUAUCAAGCCCGUUGAGCCCAUUAACACCCCCUGGCUUCGAAGAACGCGUAUCCACUCCAACCAGGAAACCACCCAAAAGAAGGCCAUCGGAUUUACAAUUUUCUGACGACCACAAUACUAAUAUUGAUUUUACGAGGCACACAGAUGACUAUUCACCCAGAAGUCCAGGGACGACAUUGAGGGAAGGGGGUGUCUUAACUACUCUGUUGUAAAAAUAUAAAUUAUAAUAGGUUGUGUAAAAUAUUAUUAUGUUCCACAAAAUCCAUUAGCGGAAUUAUCAAUCAAAUGUUGGGUACUUUAAUAAUAGUAGUUACUAUAUAUUAUUUAAACUAUAAAUCAAAGAUAACAACGCCAUUUAUAUUUUGUAAAAAUAAACUAUAACGUCUAGUCGAGUUAUUAACAUAAAACUUAAAGCGCGAUGUACCUUUUUUUAAGAAAAUAAGUUUAAAAAUCAAUGUGCAAUGAAUUAAAGUGAAUUGAAAUGGGAUUUGGUUUAGUUACAUUAUUACGAUUUAUUGCUAACUAAUGUUUACCAAUAUAAUAUGAUGAAAUAGGUUGAAUCUGUGUUGUAUAGGAAAAACUUAAUUAUAAUUCAAUAAAAUAUAUGAAUACUUAGUAACUUUUACAAUUACUUCACUUGGGUUCGUUUUUUGUUUAAUUUAGUUUUGUAUAAAUUAAUGAGAUAUGACUAAAUACUAAACACAUUUUAAUUACUUUCAAAUCUUAUUAACUAAAACACACUAUAUUUUUUAAACUAUUUUCAUAAACCCUUCAAUGGGAAAUCAUGCAAAUUUAAAAUAAUUUACAUUGAGAACUGUGUACUGUGUAUAAUAACUAAUUAUAUAAUUGUACAUAUCAGUAUCAAAAAUAUAAAGUAACACCAAUAAAAACUCAUAACGUUAUAAUUCUGCCAUUUAAUGUUUGAUAGUU